CCGAAGUUAAACGAGUCGGGGAUGCAUCGCACGUGAUUACGGUCACGGCACGGCAGCCGCGCAGGCCCAUAGAUGCUCCGUUUUGGUUUCGUAAACGUUGGGCCCGAACCCGAUCGAUCUACCGCGUUCGCUUGUCUUGUCCAGGUGUUACGGUACGUCGAUUCUUCAAUUUCUGCUUCCGGAAAUCAAAAUUUGCUCCUGUUUUUCAAGCUUUCGGGAUCAAAUUUCCAUUUUUGGAUUCGAAGUUCGGAGUUGCGUCUGCUUUUGAUCUAAUUGAUUCUCUUCCCACCGACUCAGUUACGAAGAUUGACUAUGGCGAUUGUGCGCCUGUGAUGGCUUUGCGCUUUAGUGAUUCUUCUGCAGGUGGCUCGAACUGUGGUUUUUUGAUUUAAGAUUUAAUUUAAACAUGAAUUACCUUAUUGGAGCUUUCAAGCCGUCGUGUAACAUUUCGAUCACAUUUUCUGAUGGAAAAUCUCGAAAGCAGGUUCCAAUAAAGAAAGAAAAUGGUCAGACAGUAAUGGUCCCUCUUUUUCAUAGUCAAGAAAACAUUGCUGGGAAGAUUGCUAUUGAACCAAUCCAAGGAAAGAAGGUUGAACACAAUGGCGUGAAAAUUGAGCUCCUUGGUCAAAUAGAGAUGUUCUUUGAUAGGGGCAACUUCUAUGACUUUACUUCCCUUGUUCGUGAGCUGGAUGUUCCUGGAGAAAUUUAUGAAAGGAAAACAUAUCCAUUUGAAUUUUCUACUGUUGAAAUGCCAUAUGAGACGUACAAUGGAGCUAAUGUGAGACUUAGGUAUGUUUUGAAGGUGACGAUCAGUCGUGGUUAUGCUGGCAGCGUUAUGGAAUAUCAAGAUUUUGUGGUUCGGAACUACAACCCUCCUCCAGAAAUCAACAACAGUAUCAAGAUGGAAGUUGGAAUUGAAGACUGCUUACAUAUUGAAUUUGAGUACAACAAAAGCAAGUAUCAUCUCAAAGAUGUUAUUAUUGGCAAGAUUUAUUUUCUUCUUGUAAGAAUCAAGAUAAAGAACAUGGAUCUAGAGAUUAGGCGCCGAGAAUCAACAGGAUCAGGGGCCAACACACAUGUUGAGACGGAGACACUUGCAAAGUUUGAGUUGAUGGAUGGUGCUCCAGUCAGAGGUGAAUCAAUUCCAAUCAGACUGUUUCUUAGCCCAUACGAACUGACACCAACACAUCGCAACAUUAACAACAAAUUCAGUGUCAAGUACUAUUUGAACCUUGUUCUUGUGGAUGAAGAGGACCGUCGGUAUUUCAAGCAGCAGGAAAUCACAAUAUAUAGGCUUCCAGAAAAUCCCUGAUUAUUUAUCUCCUAGGAAACCACCAUUCCAUCGUGGGAAAGGGAAAGUAGAUUAACCAUCUUAUGAUAUCUCAUAGGACUUUGAAGUCCACCAGGAUUCACCCAGCUGGUACACAAAUCUUUUCUUCAGAAAAGGCUAGGAGAGCUAAGAUAUUUGGCAAGUCAGCUUUGAUAUGGGACUAUUUUGUACAUGAGCAACAUCUAGGUGAGCUAGGGUCUCUUUUGAUGCAACGAAAGAAUCAUCGUAUCAUAUGGUAUGAGACACCAUGAAUUGCCAUUUGAAGCAAUUAUCUCUCUUUGGUUGGAACUGUUGGAUAUGUUUGGUGAUUUUGAUGAUGAGUUUAAUGUCAUUUUCUCUUGUUUCUCUUUCUCCCGUUUGUUAUUUUUCAAAACACUCUUAUAUUAAUGUUGUUUGGUUGUGUCAA